GACAAGAUUCUGUUAUAGACAGAGACAAGUAGAAGAAAAGGAUUUGGAAUACCCAAUGUUAAAAAGAGAAACACAUAACUUCCAUGAAAUUGUUGUUAGUCUCUUUAAUUAAUUCAUGUUUUUUACGAAAUCAUACCACCGUUGACCGUUGCUUUGAGUUUUCUUAACGUUUUCAACGGUUGAAAAUAAGUUUACGAAAGUGAAAUAGUGUUUCAUUAAAAAUGAAGUCCGCUAAGUCAAGAACGCGACUAAAUGAUAUGCGAACGCCAAGUAGAAGUAAACAAAAUUUAUACCAGGGAGAUCGAGACCCGGUACAUGUUUAUUGCCGCUUACGCCCGAUGCAGAAUGAUAAUGAUAAUUCCUGUAUCAAUAUACUUUCCCCAACAACUAUCCUUAUGGUGCCACCCCCUACAGCGUUAGCCUACCGAAAUGAAAAUAGUAAAACGAUGAAAUACACUUUUAAAGAAGUAUUCCCGCCCAAUUCUAAUCAACAAGAAAUCUUCGAUAAAGUAGCAUACCCUUUAGUGGAUGGCCUUAUCAAAGGUAAGAAUGGACUUUUAUUUACUUACGGAGUCACUGGGAGCGGUAAAACUUUCACCAUGACGGGUGAUACUCAAAACUGUGGGAUACUUCCGAGAUGUUUGAAUGUUAUUUUUAAAACAAUAAAUGAUUUGCAAGCACAUAAAUAUAUCUUCAAGCCAGAUAGAAUGAAUAUGUUUGAUGUUCAGACAGAAGCUGAAGCUAUGCUGGAACGGCAGAAAGAAUUACACAAGUUUCGCAGUGGUCGAAAAAAUAAUUCUAAUCCAGAUUUAGUUAUGUCUAAUACAGAUAUAAGUAAGGUAGAUGGUGUUAUUGAAGACAAUCAGUAUGCUGUUUUCGUCACUUACAUUGAGAUAUACAACAACAGUGUUUUUGAUUUACUCGAAGAGGGCCCACCUAGCAAAAGUCUGUCUACAAAAAUGAUUAGAGAAGAUGCAUCUCAUAAAAUGUAUGUUCAUAAUGUAACAGAAGUAGAGAUUAAGUCGGCAGAAGAAGCAUUUGAAACUUUUUAUUUAGGCUUAAAAAGAAAACGUAUGGCUCACACCAAUCUAAAUGCCGAAUCUAGUCGUAGCCAUUCAGUUUUUACUAUACGCCUGGUGCAGGCACCAGUUGAUGAGGUUGGAGAAGCUGUGAUACAAAAAAAAGAAUUUAUUACAAUUAGUCAACUGAGUCUUGUUGAUCUUGCUGGCAGUGAACGGACAAACAGAACACAAAACACUGGAGACAGGCUGCGAGAGGCCAGUAACAUUAAUAAAUCUCUUAUGACUCUAAGAACAUGCUUAGAAGUGUUAAGAGAAAAUCAACUUAAUUCUGCAAAAAAUAAGGUACCUUACCGUGAGUCAAGGAUUACUCACUUAUUUAAGAACUUCUUUGAGGGAGAAGGUCAGGUUAGAAUGGUAGUAUGUGCAAAUCCUAGGGCGGAAGAUUAUGAUGAAACACUUCAAGUAAUGCGAUUUGCUGAAAUGGCUGCAGAAGUAGAAGUAGCAAAGCCUCAAAUAACAGAUAUAGCAGCUUCUAUUGGUUUGAUGUCUGGUCGGAGAAAAGCUAAUAGAUUAUUUAACAUGGCUCGUGAUAAAUUAGAAAAACCUGAAGCUAAAGAUCUGGAGUUGGACUUAGGUCUUGUUUAUAGUCUUGGCCCAGACUUCCCUAGUCUUGAGUUGAAUAGCUCCCAGGCAGCUCAUAUUACUAAAGAAUUAAUGGCGCACUUGGAAAUGCGUAUUAAUCGUCGAGAAACUCUACGAAGAACUUUAGCUCUCAAAGACGAAAAAUUCCGUUCAGCCCUACUUGAACUUCAAAAAGAGGUCCUAGAACUGAGAAGUGAAAACGCAUCUUUAAAUGCUCAGUUAUCUACAGAGAAACGUCGCAAUCAUGCUUUUGAAGAACGCCUUACAAGGUCAGAAAAUGAGGUCAUAAAUUAUCAAAAAAAACUAACAGAAAUGACUGAGUACUCUUCAUCCUUAAAACGUGAGAUGCAAGAAAAGGAUCUUUUAUUAAACCAAAAUAAGCUAGACAAGGCAAAGCAAAAGAAGCUAUUGGAACGAAAAUAUCAGCACAAAAUGGCUGCAGAACAUGAAAAAGCUAAGGAAAUUAUAUCAGAAAAAGAACGGUUGGAAAAUGCCAAUGAAGAAAAGGAAAAUAGGCUUCGAAUAAUUGAAAAUGCUUUAAAAGGUGAAAAGCGUUUAGAUACUGGGGCACAAACUAGUGUGAGGGACUUUACUCCUGGUUCUACACCUCGGGCCCUUCCCGCCCAUUUACUCUCACCAUUCAUUGCACAAUCAAAAGAUUCUCAAACAUCACGCUCCAGACGUGGUGUGGCCAUCGCGAAUCCGCGCCACCGCAGGUCUUUAUCAGCAGAUGGCAAAGGAUGGGUAGAACAUGCCCCAAACAAACUUGUUCCCAUGGGCACAGUAAUGAAACCAAGCAUUGGGAACAGUAAGCUUGUAAAUAAACUAACUAAUGUUAAAGACAUUGCUAACACAAAGACAUCUAAAUAUUGCUUGAUAUCUCAAGAGCAAGAUACAGACGGUGAAUUAGAAACAAAAUUGUAUAAAGGAGAUAUUGUACCAACAUGUGGUGGCGGGGCGCAGGUGAUAUUUAAUGAUGUUGAGAUGCUUAAGCAGUUUUCACCAACUAACGAAAGAGAGCCAUCUUCAAACAGAACUUCUGGAUGUGCAAGACAUUCAGGUAAAAGAAGAGACACUGGUUGUUCACCACCACCAACACCAUCAACAGUGAAGAAACAGAGGGACAUAAGUAUUGCUGCCUAUUAAUAACACCAUGGGGCAAGUACAAUCCACCAUGCAGGCCCAGUUUGGAUUGGUGGAAAAUUAUUGCUCUGGUAUUUUUAAACAUAUGUUUUAAACAUAUGCUAGACAAAAUAAGCAUCAUUUUCAGGAAAUCAAAACAUCCCCAAAAAUGGAACACAAUAAAUAUAAAAAUAGGACCAGUCUAUUUCACAUUCAGAAUAUAAAAAUAAUAUUCCCGUCUGAUUGAUAGAUUUUAUUUUUUUAAAUGAUCCAUAUUAUUUAAAUCUAUCAAACUUUAUACUACUUUUCUAUCAAACUUUCAUUUUUACUAAAUGUUUUCAACUGAAUUAUGAAUCCUGUCAUAAUGUUAGAUAUACAAGUAUCCAUUGAAGGAUAUUUGUUUUGUUUAUCCAAAACAUACAAUAGCUAUUUGAAGUUUCCCACAAUGCAAUAAUCCAAAUUAUGUAUAACGAUCUUUAAAUGGAGGAUUUAAAUUUUGCUAAACAUUUUAUUUUAUGUAAGUAUUGGUCCUAUUUAUAUUAAACUCUAAUAGUUUCACAAAUAUGCACCAUAUUUUGAACUUAAUUUUUUUUAGAAAAUUGUAAUGUAGUACUUAAUUAGGUUUAAUUUUGGUAAGGUAUAUAAUAAUAUAUUUUAGAUUUAUUCAUUUUAUAUAUAUAUGACUCAAUAAACAUAACAUAACAUGCCAGCAUACUAUUAAUAUGUUAAAAAUGUUUGCGUUAUGUAUGUCAUCUACCAUUGCCCCAAACUUAUUUAAGUUUUGCCUAACUGUUUAGUGUGAAAUCCGCAUUUCAUAAACACUUAUAAUUAAUUAUUAGACUAAAUACAAAACCGUUGAGUCCUUUAGAAUGCACUUUUAGUUAAUUGUAAUUUCGAAAUUAAUUUUUUUUUAUAAUCAUUAGUGUAACUAGUUUUCCAAUAAAAAAUUAUGUAAAGCAUCUUCGGGAUAGAUUUUUCCCAUUUUGAUUCAUUUAAAAACAUUGUAUUUGUUUCAUUAAGAUUUCUUGAUUUUAUUUUAGAACUAUUGUCAAAUGUAGAACGCUGCAUUUUCCCUUAAAUAUAUGUAUAUAAUGUAA